AUGCAUUUGACGUACUUGUGCGUUCUCAUCCAAUGUUUACUCUUGUCGCCGGUGGGAUCAGCUAGGAACCCAAAAUCGCCAGCUUUCGCUGUGCUGGUGGACAAUUCUCUGGAACCGGCUGUCGUGCAGUCCAGCCCUUCUUAUCUGUUGCUGCGCGAAGCACACACGCAAGAAUCCGCUGCUGCGGCUUGUAACACAUUGGGGGAGAGUUUGGCAAGUGUCAAAGAUGUGCCUUUCUUCGAGCCAUUGCUCUCAAUGCACCUGAGAGCUCUGGAUGGGGAGAUAUCCUAUCCCAUGUGGUUGGCAGGAAACGGUGAGACGUGCACAGCAUACAGUCUGCCGAAUAAUCACACCUUCAGCGUUGAAUGCACCCGUCGCAUUCGCGCUCUUUGCACCAAUACUGCAGAAUAUCAGACUGGCCUCGAUCCCCCGUCCACUAGUCGCCAUAUAUUUGUUAAGACAUCCCAAGGCCUUAUUAAGGGGUUCCGAGACCGCUUGACGGCACGGUUCCAGGGAAUUCCCUAUGCGAAACCUCCGAUAGGCGAGCGUCGACUGAAGAACCCAGAAAGAUUGCACAGCUUUCCCGGAAGAAAAAAAGGAUCGGCAUAUGAUGCUACAGAGUUUAAAGCACUCUGUCCGGUACGUUUUCCGAUCGAGAGUCCAACAAGCACACGUAAUAUGACCCCGAACGCUACACCGGACCUCCCAAACCCAAACUACCCUAUAUCUGAAGAUUGCCUGUAUCUCAAUAUUUACACGCCAAUACUUCCUGAAAACGAGUCCCCUGAUUUGUUACCUGUGGUGGUUUGGAUUCAUGGGGGCUCAAAUUAUUUCGGUGGAUCGUCCCUUCCUUUUUAUUUUGGGAUGAACCUUGCAACUCGCCGACCAUUGGUGGUGGUCUCUAUAAACUAUCGCCUUGGUGCUCUGGGAUUUCUCUCUGAUCUAUCUAAGGCAUCAGAUAUUGGAAGCAACCAAGCUAUGCGCGACCAACUGAUGGCUCUGGACUGGGUUCGGGAACACAUCAAAUCAUUUGGUGGCGAUCCCGAACGAGUAACGAUUUUUGGGGAAUCCUCGGGAGGCAGUGCGGUGAUGUCUCUCAUCCAGACAAACCCUGAAAAGGGCCUAUUUUCCCAGGCCAUUGUUCAGUCUGGGGGGACAUGGUCGGGUUGGCAAAGGCCCCACGUGCAGGCCGACCUCACACGAAUGUUCCUGGACCUGGCUGGUUGUAACGACUUGGAUUGCGUGAAAAACAACCGGACGAUGGGGGAAAUCCUAGAAUACCAAGGCCUGCUGUUCUCCAAGGCUCAAGAAGUGUUCCCUCGCGGGGAGGUCAACUUUAUCGAGCCAUUCCGGCCAUUUAUUGAUCAUGAUCUGAUCACGGAAGAUUGGACAGCUGCGCUAGAAGCCGGUCGUUAUCGUAAGGUGCCAACACUCGUCACCUACACCCGGGACGAGUUCGGAUUAAUUUUAAAGACCAAUGAGACAUUGAAGGACAAACCGAUAGAUUACUCAACAGCAGUUGAGUUUCUGGCCACAUUUCUUUUAGGUGAGGAGCGCACCAGACAGGUGUUAGAUACCCCGGAGUUAGGGUUCAACCGGUCAUUGAUCCAUAUGUCGGAUGUUACCGACCCGUUCAUCCAACUUACUACAGAUCUGGGUUACCGAUGUAGCAGCGAGAUCUAUGCGGGGUUUCUGGACAGGCAUAACCGCGACGUAUGGGAAGUGUCGUGGGAUAUCGGUCUGCCGCAAUUUAUCGGGGGAAUGAUCUGUGGCAAUGGCACAAAGCGUGCUUGUCAUGCCGCUGAGCUCCCCAUCCUUUUCGGCUCAGCAAAUUAUGCCAAUAUCAGCAGCAGUGCGCUCGCCUCCGUCAACUACUACCAGCAGGCUCGGAACACGAUUGACUUGUACAGCAACUUCGUGCAUGAUGGCGAAGUGUGGAUCAAUGCGACAUACUAUCUACGGCGGAAUGGCAACGCAGUCCGCAAUGUCCUCCAUUGGGACGAUACGCCUGCGUCAACACGUGGGGGCGUCCGCUGGGAGAUCUGUCAGAAGAUGGAUGAGAUGAACUUAUAUGAUCGGUUGUAUUACCCGUAUCUCCCGCUCGGGGACCGCGCGAAUACAAGGGACGGUUACAUUUCUUUGCAGUAUCCCAUGGUGGCUGGGCCCUUUGAUUAA